AUGGCUAGGAAACCUUACUUUGGAAUGAAGGGAGCCUGGCUCACCUUCUGGGUGACCGUCGCAUGCGCGACCGACAUGACACUAUUCGGAUAUGAUCAAGGUGUCUUUGGCGGUGUCAUUGUGACGCCCGACUUUCUCGACUUGCUAGGUAUCGCCGACGAUGCCAAGCUACAGAGCACCGUGACGGCCAUUUACGACGUGGGCUGCUUCUUUGGCGCCAUUUCCACCAUUUGGAUCGGCGAGGCGCUCGGCCGCAAAAAUACCAUUCUCUUGGGCACUACCAUUAUGAGCAUUGGUGCCAUUCUCCAAAUCGCCGCCUUUGGCGUGCCGCAAAUGAUUGUCGGCCGCAUCGUUGCCGGUAUUGGCAACGGUAUCAACACCUCUACCGCCCCCGUCUGGCAGGGCGAGACGUCCAAGGCUAGUUGGCGUGGAAAAUUGAUUGUGAUUGAAAUGAUUUGCAACAUCUUUGGUUUUAUGCUAAGCAAUUGGGUCACUUUUGGUCUAUCCUAUGUAUCAGGCUCCGUGGCCUGGCGUCUGCCUUUGGCCGUACAAUUUAUUUUCAUAUUUAUUCUCUAUGCCACUGUCCCGUGGCUGCCCGAAAGUCCUCGUUGGCUCAUUGCCAAAGGACGAGUGGAUGAAGCCGACGUUAUUUUGGCGGAUCUCGAGGCCCUCGAACCUGAAGAUGCGCUGGUCGUUACCCAAUCGAAAGAUAUCCAAUGGGCCGUCGAUUACGAGAGAAAGAACACAGUACCGUGGUCUCACUUGCUCCGAGGCAAGACUGGUCCCAACGGCGGCACAUCCACUAUCCGACGCCUCAUUCUGGGAAUGGGAGCCCAGGCUAUGCAACAAUUUUCUGGAAUCAAUGUUACCUCUUAUUACCUACCACUUGUACUUAUUCAAUCCGUUGGUCUUGACGAGAAGUUGGCACGAUUGCUUGCAGCUUGCAAUUCCGUGUCCUACCUUCUUUUCAGUACAAUCGGUAUCCCCAACGUGGAGAGAUGGGGUAGAAGAAAGAUGAUGAUGUAUGCGGCAACUGGGCAGGCCUUUUGUUAUAUGAUCAUUACUAUUUGUAUUAGAUACAGUGAAGAUCCCGGAACUGGAAGCACGGCGAAUGUACAAUGGGCCAAGGCAUCCAUUGCAUUUUUCUUCCUCUACUACGUGUUCUUUGGUAUCGGUUGGCAAGGUGUACCCUGGCUCUACCCAACAGAAAUUAACAGUCUGAGUAUGCGUACCAAGGGCGCAGCACUCGGCACGGCCACGAACUGGAUCGUCAAUUUCAUGGUGGUCGAAAUCACGCCUGUAGGCAUCGCGUCCAUUGGUUGGCGCUUCUACAUCAUCUGGACCGUCUUCAACGCCUCCUUUGUGCCCAUUGUCUACUUGUUUUAUCCCGAGACUGCAGGACGCACGCUCGAGGACGUCGACCGCUUCUUCCAGGAGAACCAAGACAUCUUGAUCUUCAAGGACCCCGACGCCAAGUCUUCAAAGCGCCCGGAGCGCUAUAUCAGUCUCGAGAGGGAUGAGAUGCGGCGAAACAGCUCCAUUAGACCUGCCGAUCUACACGCUGUAUUGAACCGCCAGAGCGUGGCCGACAGGGCGAACAGCGAUACCAAGGAUGAAGAGAAGGGCUCCACGUCACAUGCCGAGUAA